CCUCCCUAAAAGCUUUAGAUAGCGUCACAUACCCUCAUUGCAAGAGCACUUGUAGAGUUAAAGGGAAAAUGGAGGGGAAAGAAGAGGAUGUGAGAGUUGGAGCCAAUAGGUAUAGGGAGAGGCAACCAAUAGGAACUGCUGCACAGGCACAAGAUGCCAAAGACUACAAAGAGCCACCUUCAGCACCUCUCUUUGAGCCUGGUGAGUUAUCAUCAUGGUCUUUCUACAGGGCUGGGAUUGCAGAGUUUGUGGCCACGUUCUUGUUUCUUUACAUCACUGUGUUAACCGUCAUGGGUGUGGCCCAAUCCAAGACCAAGUGUUCAACUGUGGGUGUUCAAGGCAUCGCUUGGGCAUUUGGUGGAAUGAUUUUUGCUCUUGUUUAUUGCACUGCUGGCAUCUCAGGGGGUCACAUUAACCCAGCAGUGACAUUUGGGUUAUUCUUGGCACGCAAGCUCUCUAUGACAAGGGCAAUUUUUUACAUAAUUAUGCAAUGCUUGGGAGCUAUCUGUGGGGCUGGGGUAGUUAAGGGGUUCCAACCCCACCAAUAUGAGAGGCUUGGUGGUGGUGCCAACACACUGAGUAAAGGGUACUCAAAAGGUGAUGGCCUUGGAGCAGAGAUUGUUGGCACAUUUCUCCUUGUUUACACUGUUUUUUCUGCCACUGAUGCCAAAAGAAAUGCUAGAGACUCCCAUGUUCCAAUUUUGGCACCUUUGCCUAUUGGUUUUGCUGUCUUUCUGGUGCACUUGGCUACAAUUCCUAUUACAGGGACUGGUAUCAACCCUGCUAGAAGUCUCGGUGCAGCCCUUAUAUACAACAAGGACCAAGCUUGGGAUGACCAUUGGAUUUUUUGGGUCGGGCCUUUUAUUGGGGCAGCACUUGCAGCUUUGUACCAUCAGAUAGUGAUCCGGGCCAUGCCCUUCAAGUCCAAGUGAUGCCACAUUGAAGUUGAAGCAAUGCUUGGAAAGUAACAACUUGCUUGAGUCCAAGACAAAGAUUCCCAAUUCCCACGAAAACUAUGUUCCUGUCUUAUUAAUUUAUAAAUAAUUUAUCUGUUAAAAACUUAUGUACUGUGGACAUGCAAUGGAACUAUUAUGGAACGAUGCUAUUGUUUGUUAGGCUUUCUAUAUAAAAGCUUCCCCGCACUCAGCAGAAACUGCAGUUAGAAAUUUGCCCGAGUAUAUAUAAGUAAACUUUAUAAUUAUAUUAUGAUAUUAAAUAAUCAAGAAUAUUUCGGAUGG